CCCGGUGCCGUCCCCGCCGCAUCCGGCGCCGGGAGCCGUAGGAUGGAGAGCCCGGCGGUCACCUUCACGUUGGCCUACGUGGUGUUCGCCGUGUGCUUCGUGUUCCCUCCCGACGAGGUGCGCUCGGCGGGGCUGACGGUGCAGAGCCUGCUGGGCGCCUGGCUCGGCAGCGAGGACGCGGCCUUCGUGCAGUACCACCUGCGGCGCAGCACCGGCACCAUGGUGGCGCACGCCCUGCUGCCCCUCGGUUACUACGUUGGUAUGUGCUUCGCUGCACCUGAAAAACAUCUAUGUUUUUUCUACCUGGCUUCGAAAGGAUGGAAAACUUUCUUCUUCUUUGCUGUCCUCUUUCCAGCAGUCACCGGUGCCCUGGCAUAUUACUGGUCACGGAAAGGCUGGAAUAAUCAUCCGUUAGCCCGAACACUUGCUGUUCAUGCUCUUCCACAGUCGGGUUGGAGGGCAGUAGCCUCUUCCAUCAAUACAGAAUUUAGGAGAAUUGACAAAUUUGCUACGGGAGCCCCAGGAGCAAGGGUGAUUGUUACGGACACAUGGGUGAUUAAAGUGACCACCUACUGUUUACACGUUGCCCAGCAGCAGGACAUUCAUUUGACAGUGACUGACUCCAGACAGCAUGAACUCACCCCAGAUUCAAACAUGCCUGUGCAGUUCCUCACCAUCCGUGUGGCCAGUAAUAAUCCCUAUGUGAAAGCUUUUGAUAUCCGGUUGAACUCCACAGAGUAUGGGGAGCUCCGAGAAAAGCUCCGUGCUCCCAUCAGCAAUGCAGCUAAUGUUGUGAUCCAUCAAAGCCUUAGUGAUUUAUUUCUAGAAACCUUUACAUCUCUGGUGGAAAUUAACCAGACAUAUUCUGUUCCAAGCACUCAGGAGCUGGAGCCAUGCAUAGGGUGUAUGCAGACUAUCGCUAACAUCAAGCUCAUCAAGAACUGCCAGGAGCCAAAUGAAGGGGAGUGCCAGCAGUGCUACUGUCGUCCCAUGUGGUGCCUCACCUGCAUGGGCAAAUGGUUCGCCAGCCGACAGGAUGAGCAGCACCCAGAGACCUGGCUGUCGAGCCACGUGCCUUGUCCAACUUGCCGAGCCAAAUUCUGCAUUUUAGAUGUUUGCAUAAUACGAUGAAUAAUAAUUUGAUAUGUUUUAACUUUUUAAAUUCAAAUGUAUUUCAUAAUAGGUUUGGUUAAAACACCUGUUAGAUUUGUUUCUGGGACUUCAUGUUCUUACAGGGGUACAAAUUCCAAAGCUUUAUUUUACAGUAUUAAAAACAGAUGUAAAUGUUUUCAGUUCCUCUCCACUUUUACUGGUAUCUUUGGGUUUUAUUCACCAGAUAUCAGUUUGGGGAUUUUUUUUUUUUUUCUUUUUUAACCCACAUUUGCUUUCUUAUGUCUUGGAUGGAAUAAGAGUAUCACUUAAUAUUUGCAGUACUAUUUUCUGUUCAAGUUUUAACAUAGGUUAAAUUCUUUACAUUUUUACAGUUAACUUGAGUUUUGAUUCUUCAGUAAAGGGCUAACUGAGAAGAUUACUUUGCUUAGACUUCACUGGUACUUUUGUUCUUCUUUAAUACAUUUGUAAAAUUCUUAUUAAUUUUUACAAGUGUUCAUCAAAUAGGUAUACCAGUUCUGUUCCUUCUGCUGGUCCCCUCCACUUAUAGAGGAGAUUGGUUUCUGUAGGCUAAGGAAUGUAAUCCCUGGAGAUAUACAACUCAAAUAGGAACCAUUUAUUCCAUUAAUCUGCUUCUUGCUUAUUUUUUGAAGGAUUCAGAAACAUCUGCUAAAACUACGUAUAGCUACAUUGCUUAGAGUUUCAAUGUUCUUUAGGUGAAGGACUUUUUUUAUACAUUUGAAGAGAGUGCAGCAAACUUCUGAACUGUCUAAAUAUUCUGAAAGGAUGCUCUGGUGUUUCAAAUCCUGUAAGCUUUUCCUGAGGAUAACCUUUCCUCUGAAAGAGAUGAAAGGAUCAUAGGGGUAUACGUUGCUAUGUUCAAUGCCUGAAGAGUGACCAUCAUUAACAAAACUUUUUCAGGCUUGAAAUUUACAGACUGAUCAUAAGCAGUAGUCGCUGGUUUAAUAUUCAUUGGGUACUGAUGCAUACUUCUUGAUCUGAUCUGCAUCAGAAUAAUUUGUAAACUGAAAUCAAAGCAUUUUCCAUACAUUUGAGAGAGCCCUACUCUUAGAGCUAAAUGUAAUCCUUAAUGUUCUAGCUGUCCAUCACACCCUUCAAUGAACUGUUACUUGGUGAAAAGCCUCAAGCUGCUGGAGGAUGUGUGUUUGAGUUGAUGCACUGGCUUGUGCAAUGCAGGGGCUAAGAGGCAGGUAUUCACUUCCUUGGGUUGUCCAUCAGAGGAGUAGUAACCUCAGGCAGACGGAUGGGUCAGAAGGCAAAAGAAAGGAAUAUUUUAAUGCUUUGGUCUAGAAUUAAAGCCCUAAUACUCCACACCUUUAUAAUCAGAAAGAUCUUAUCAGUAAAUCACUAGCAUAGAUGAAAUGCCAGUGAUUACCAGAAAAUCUCUCUAUUACGAUGACAGGCCACUGCUUUGGGCAGGAAUAGGUGGCAGGAUGUUAAAAACGUUAGAAGUAGUGGAAGCACAACCAUGAAAGGGAAGCACAACCAUGAAAGAUUUCUUUAGUCUCAGCCUGGCUACAGGUUGCAUGGUGGAUACAGUGAACUGCACUUAGAGCCAGCCAGCCAGGACAGCUGUGGUUACAGAUGUGGCUGCAAGCCGUGUUGUGGAGAAAGAUAAGGAAUUGCAAACAGAUUUGACAGCAUCAUUUGAGAACUAACAUAUAUGUUAUAUUGUUGGAGUUGGUUUUUUUUGUUUGGGUUUUUUAACAAUAUGCACUUAUAAAAGUCCAAACUAUUUGGGUUUAAGGACACUAAUCGCUUGACCAUAUCUCAGUUGUUACAAAUACAACAUCUACUAUGCAAUUAUCUAUACUACCUGUUAAUGAAGGUAAUUUUUCUUUCUUCUCAUUACCUGUUGUUUUGGAUUUUACAGAGUGAAAAUUUCACGCUGAGACUGGUAGUAUGGGUUUGUCUCUCUUUCCCAAGAGAUCUUCAGUGGCAUGUCCCUUUUCAUUUGAAUAGGAUUAAAUUGAGUUCCUGAUUUUGAGACAGAUUUGUUGACAAGUCUGAAAUUCAAGGAGCUGAUUAGUGAUUGAAUUUAAAAUAUUUUCCAGUCCUUCAGUGGAAAAGUAAUUUGGAAGUUUGAAAUGUUCUUUGCAGUAUUUUUUAACUUUUGGAAGAUUCUUAUAGGGCCAAGUGGUGUCAUCUGACAAGUGCUUCCUCGCUACACAGCAGCCUUUACAAAUCAUAUUUUGUACCAUUUACUUCUGGAAAGUAUACAUCAAUCAGCACAGAUUUAAAGGAUGCAGUCCUUGAAAUAGUUGCAGAAGAGAGGGUAGGAUUUUGGAGUUGUGGUUUUGCCAUUGACAGUCACUCAAUUCCUACGGUUCUUUUCCUGUUGGGAAUAAAAAUAUUUAUUGUAAAAAUAGGUAAAGUUAAAAUAGUAAAGGCCUUGAGAAACUUAGAUACAGCAGUUGCAGAUGGCUUUGUACAAAAAAACCAGGUCAGUUACCAAUAGUAUCCGAUGUGAUAAGAGCUUUAGUCUCCUAACGGCUUGUGCAGUAGAGUUGUUCUGUACGGAAUCUACUUUUGAAUUGUUUGGAAGUUUUCAUUUCAGAGAAGCUUUGCUUUUAUUCAUCUUACUCUUUUGCCAGUCUAACAGUGCAACCAAGUAAGAGUCAUAAAUGUAUAAUACUUUUGCAUCUCUUAAUGGCUGUGCAGUAUCCACAGAAGUGCCUCUUAGGAAACUUAUUAAUAAUUACCAAAAUAAAAUUAUGAUUACUGUUAAUAAUAGUGCCUGGCUUAAAGCCCUGAAAAUAAGCAUUUUUUCCCAAGUUUAACUUCUCAAAGUAAUCUGGCAUGCCUCCAGAGUUUGUAAGUUCUUAAAGGUUUGGUUGGUUAGAAAACUAUCUUGUCAAAAAUCUGUAUGAUAUAGUCUUCUUAGAGACAGUAGAAGGAGAAACUAUGACCUUUCUGUACACCAUCAGGUGAUAUCUCAUUUGUCUUUAAUAAAUCACUGAACGUGAAAUAAGAGUACAAAAAAAGGCAUUUGUCUUUUGAUAGCUUUAAGUUAUCAUCCGAGGAACCAAAUGCAUGUGUAAAGCUGUUUCUAGAGAAGAUCUUUCUCUGUGGUAAAAAGAAAUAUAUUGCCUCCUACCAAGUGUUGUUACAUUUUUUAAACAUAAGGACAGGGUUUAGAAUUGGUCUUUUUACAGCACUUUUGUGAGAGAAAAUGAACCCAUGGGCUAAAAUAGUCACAUAAUUUGCUUUAAUUAUUAGUUAUUUAGUGUUGCUUUUUCAGUGGUGUGUAUGCUUUUCCACCUGACUUGUGAGUAGGCAAUAUUAGUAAUCUGAAGCACGUUAUGUAAAUAUAACGUCAUUACAAUAAGACAAUCUGUAUGUGGAUGCACAGCAUCAGUAUAGAUACCCCAUAUGUGCGUAUACAUGAACAGCCCAAAUCCCCUACGUGCUAUAUAGCUCUUUAAGUGUUUGUGAAAACAUGAGCUGUGGCUUUUUUCCCACAGUUGUGUUAUUUCCAUAACUGUAGCAUUCCAGAAAAUACUGGCAAAAUAUAGGUUAACGUAGUUUGCUACUCAAAAAAGGUCAUGUUGUCCAAGCAGGAUACAUUUUGAAUCCAUGAUACGCUGAUGAUAUCAUGUUUAUCAUGAGGCUUGCCAUAACUUGGAACCAAAAUACCAGCUUAUUAUAUCAUCUCUUGAGUAUUUUUAUUGUGCUGAAACCUGGUAGAUUCCAGCUAUGUAACAUUCCAGCCAGGCUAAAUAAGACAAAACUCACUGAAGUUCUGAAUGCCAGUUCUUAAGAAAUGUUGACUUUGAGAUACGUAAGGAGCUGAAAUACAAUUAUUCAAGCUCUGACAUGCAUUACAAGACAUUUUCUUCCAAAGAUAUACCAUACUGCAAGGUUUUUUAUUUGUAGUUGGUUUUUUUUUAACCUAGCUUACCUGUUUUAAAAAGUACAGUAUUAUUUGGAUAGCCUUUAAGGAAAAGGCUAAAUGAAUACAUGUAGUUAAUCUUAAAACUUUCUGAAGAACUGAAUAAAAAUAUAUUUGAUUUUC